AUGGCUAGAACCAAACAAACUGCAAGAAAAUCCACCGGUGGUAAGGCGCCAAGAAAACAAUUAGCUUCCAAGGCUGCAAGAAAGUCCGCACCAACCUCUGGUGGUGUCAAGAAGCCUCACAGAUACAAGCCAGGUACUGUUGCCUUGAGAGAAAUUAGAAGGUUCCAAAAGUCCACCGAAUUGUUGAUUAGAAAAUUGCCUUUCCAAAGAUUGGUUAGAGAAAUUGCCCAAGAUUUUAAGACCGAUUUGAGAUUCCAAUCUUCUGCUAUUGGUGCUCUACAAGAAUCCGUCGAAGCCUACCUUGUUUCCCUUUUCGAAGACACAAACUUGUGUGCCAUCCACGCCAAGAGAGUCACCAUCCAAAAGAAGGAUAUCCAAUUGGCAAGAAGAUUAAGAGGUGAAAGAUCAUGA